UCGAGAAGACUCACUAUCAUCGAGAACAAUAAAAUUACUACUUCUGAUAUUGCCUGUCAACCCCUAGUUAAUUCUAUAUCACCCAGAACUAGAUCGUGCCCCUUUUCGUUGUUAUAUAGCCUAAUGGCUUCCAACCUGAUGAAUUGGCCGAAAUUCUUUACCAUAUUGGCGACUGCGGUCACUCCUGGUCUUGCGUCUCCCUAUCAGAAUGGUCUUGGAGAAUCCGCACGUCUGGUCCGUCGGGAUACAUUCGAGUGGACUGCUCUUGGUGACUCAUACUCCUCGGGCGUUGGAAGCGGCGAUUAUAUCUCAAAUUCCUACCGUUGUCUUCGAUAUGAUCACGCCUAUCCGGUCGUGAUGAACGGUGAUAGCAGGCUUCCUGGAGAUCACGUGUUCAACAGCGUGGUAUGCUCUGGGUCGAAAACUAGUGAUGUAGACAGCUAUCAGUUCUACGAUGAAAACACGUCAGGGACACCUAACUGGCAGUAUGGGGAUCGUCCGAAAUUCGGAAACCCAAGCAUUGCCACACUCAGUGUUGGUGGUAAUGACAUCGACUUUCCAGGUAUCAUCUUCAACUGUAUUCUGGACACCAAACUUCCAGAUGGCUCGCCCCAACGUACCUGUGAUGAGCAGAGAAAAGUCACUUGGGAUAAAUUGGUUGAUCCAGGUCUGAUAGACAAUAUCGAUAACACAAUAAAGAAAAUAGUCGACAAGGCCCGAGGAGGUCCCAUCAAAGACCAAUUCAGGUUAUAUGUCACUGGUUUCCCCCAAUUUUUCGACACUCAAACUAACGAAUGUGACUCUGUCACCUUCGCACGGACAGCCAACCCGACUCCUGAUGGUAAAGAACACACUAAGUUGACCCAGGCACUCCGCAAAGAGUUUAACGAUAUGAGUGUCCAACUCAACAAAGCUAUCGAGGCGGCUGUUGCAAGGAACCAGGCCAUGGGCGCCAAGUGGAUUCCGAUCGAUGGUGAGAUGGAUGGGCACAGAUUCUGUGAGCCAGGAGUUCAAGAGCCAGAUCAGCACAACCCUAACUUAUGGCUGUUCCAUUACCCCUAUAACGAGCCAAAAGAUGCGUCCGUAGACGCCAUGCUCCAGGCGGCCUCUGAUGAAGUGUCGAAUGGUGUGGAUAUCAAUACCGCGUUUCAAACGUAUAAUGAUUAUCAAAACGCUCUUUUCGACGCCCUUCAGGUUGACAAUUCCACAGUAACUGGUAUCCAGGAUCCGCUAUGGAGGUCAAUAGGGAGCAGAGUGAAAGUCUUUCACCCACAACCAGCCCUUCAUGACAAAAUUAGAGACCUGGUGCUGGAUGCCUAUGUUAGCGACUCAAAUAACCAACCCCCACCACCUCCCCCUCCUCCAGUGGAGAUGACGACCUGUCACGGAAUCAGCGGAGAUGUCUGGGUCAUGUCACGCGAUGCUGCCGUGGCUAGCGCACAGGAGUUCUGCCAGCAAACCCAGCAGACGGUGACCUAUAACAAGGACUCUGUCAACGAGGUUGAGUUCUCGGUCGCAAACCAAAAAGAUUCAAGUCAAGGUCCCAUGGAUGCGCCCGACUGCUUCGAUCGCUUCCAAAAAACAGUCAUUGAUGGUUGCGACGGCAACGAUCCGAUAAACAACCCUCACAAUUACAAGUUCGGAGGCACAUUCACAUCAGGUGACUGGACAUACACCAUGACGCCGCUCAGCAAGCAGGUUAACGAGGUGAGCUGCGACGUGUCAUACAAGUUUUUCUUCGACGGCUUCGAGAUCCGCGGCAAGAAUUUACCCGACGCCACCUUCGGCGCCAAUGGUGAAGGGCUCAAAUCACAGUUAUCUGACUGCGGUUCUCUAACUAAUUACCAUUUCGAAUGGACGCCUUCUGAUCCAAAUUUCCAAUGGUAUGCCGCAGGCCGCCUUCCAAUUGGAACCAAAUCCUGCGUGGGCACCGCUCUCCAAGAGGCUGGUGGUUCUAGUAAUGGAAACUGUAAAGGCGCUGGCAAACGUCGCGCCCUCUUUAGGGCACGCUCAAUCGGUAUCGAAGACUGGCCUGGCUACGGCGACGAAGAGAGGCACGUAUUCGGUUCAUUGGCUGCCACAUAGAUGUGGAAGAGUGUCGACUAUUUUGAGUGUGAGAAUUGAUGUCGCUGAGAACCCCCCGUUGAUCAAACUCAAGAAAUGCACCAAGUGUUCAGCUCCCGCCCCUUUUUUGUAUUUCUUAUCUCAAUGUUCUUUGCAUAUGUCUUAUUCCAUUAUUUUUCUCCAUGAAUGCAUUACUAUAACUGCUAUUUUCAAGAAAUAUUUAUUGAAAUAUACAAUUAUACAAUAGCUAUAGGGUCAUACAUUAUAGAACGCUUCGGGGAAUCCUAGUAAUGUGUUAACAACCUUACUACCUGAUUAUACGCUCUUCAGGAGUACACAAGUUACAACCUCGUGGCAUUAGUAAGAGCAGAGCUAAUAGGCAGUUACGUAAAUCUAAAUAAGCUAUUAUCGGUUCGUUUCCAACUGCUAACCAUCUACAGCUAUAUUAGUUAUACUAUAUACGACCACAAUUAACAUAACGGGCUAUAUAGUACCUAUAUUGUUUAAUGAGCUUAGUUUAUUUUUACCCGUGCCCUUUUGCUUUUUUAUGAAAAGGUAAAGGUGUUAAAGUUAAAAGUAUAUAGGUAAAGUAGGAUAAGAUUAAUAAUAGCUUUAAGUAACAGGUGUAAUAGCAGGUAUAUAGUUUUAGUGGAAAAUUAUACCUAAACUGUAUCACCAGACGAUAGCUAGCUAUAAUUGCCUAAUAACU